AGUAGUUUUUGAGUAAAGCAAAAAUUUUGAAACAGCAUCUUAUUUAACUUAAUACUGCUAAAUAAUUUCUACAAAAAUUGCAGUUCUUAUUUUUGAUUUCUACAUUAAAAUUAGAUGGAAAAAAAAAGUUCUAAAGCAAUAUAUUUCCAUAUGUUGAGGAAUUGAAAAUAUCAACUCUUUUACCUUCAUGUUCUUCUGAGUGGAAAUAUUAAUACCACCAAGGUACCGAAGUGAAUCUAACAGGUAAGUCUGUGGAUAAACUCUAAAAAUUGGAGUGAUGGCAAGGAUGCCUUCUAACCUCAAAGAAACAUAGAUGAACCAUGAAUUUUGCUCUGGGUCCCUGAGCAAGACCCUUAACCCCACACUGCUCACCAGGCACCGCACAAUGGCAGCCCACUGCUCCCCAAGGGGAUGGGUCAAUAGCAGAGGUUACUACCCUCUGUGACCAGAAAAACAGCAAUUAUAUCUCAGUCAAAAUGCUACAGUGUGAGUCAAGAAGGAUGGGAGUCACACAAGAAAAUGAUGACAGGGCCUCUGGAUAUCAGCGACUUAGAGGUGUUCUCUAUCAUAAAAAAGCUGAAACACAACCAGAUGCAUAGUCUGGAGUUAAUAGCAGCUGAGAACUUUACCAGCAGAGCUGUUCUCGAGGCUCUUGGCUCCUGUCUGACCAACAAGUACUCCAAAGGGUUUCCUGGCCAGAGCCACUAUUUCAAUGGUUUAGAGUAUAAUGAUGAACUGGAGACUCUUUGUCAGAGGAGGGCACUCGAGGCCUUUGGUUUGGACUCUGAGAAAUGGGGAGUGAACGUGCGGCCAUACUCAGGUUCGCCUGCUAACUUUGCUGUCUACACGGCUGUUGUUGGGCCUCAUGGUAGGAUCAUGGGCUUGGACAUUCCUGAUGGGGGUCACCUAUCCCAUGGCUACACGAGGAAUGAGAAGAAAAUCUCUGCAACAUCCAUGUUUUUUGAAACUAUGCCAUACAAGGUAAAUCCAAAAACUGGCUACAUCGAUUAUGACAAACUGCAAGAAAAUGCACAGCUUUUCCAGCCUAAGCUCAUCAUUGCAGGAACCAGCGGUUAUUCCCGUAACCUUGACUAUGCCCGCUUGGGGCAGAUUGCUAAUGAGAAUAAUGCAUAUCUGUUGGGGGACAUGGCACAUAUUAGUGGAUUAGUGGCCGCCGGAGUGGUGCCCUCACCUUUUGAACACUGUGACCUUGUUACAACAACAACUCACAAAAGUCUGAGAGGCUGCCGUGGUGGACUCAUCUUUUAUCGGAAAGGUGUUCGGUGUGUGGAUUCCGAAGGGAUGGAGACUUUGUACAACUUGGAGUUUUUGAUCAACCAUGCUGUGUUUCCAGCGCUGAACGGAGGACCACACAGCAAUGCUAUUGCAGGUGUUGCUGUGGCUCUCAAACAAGCCAUGACACCCGAGUUUAAGGCAUACCAGCUGCAGGUUCUUGCUAACUGUAAAGCUCUGUGCAGUGCCCUUACAGAGCUUGGUUACACGAUCGUCACUGGUGGUUCUGACAACCAUCUAAUGCAGCUGGACUUAAGUGAUAAAGGAACGAAAGGACAACAAGCUGAGAAGGUCUUGCAAGCCUGUGGUAUUUCCUGCAACACAAACACCUUUUUAGGUGCUAAGAGUGCUUUGCUUCCAAGUGGUCUGAGGUUCGGUUCUCCAGCUCUGACCUCCAGAGGUUUGAUAGAAGAGGACUUCAAGAAAGUGGCUGACUUCAUUCAUAGAGGUAUUGAGCUAACUUUGGAAGUGCAGAGAAGUUUGGACUCCAAGGCCACCGUAGAGGACUUCAUCCAGGCAUUGGCUUUGGAAGAGAAGUUCCAGCAGGAGGUGGCUGAGAUCAGGGCUGAAGUGGAGGCUUUCGCCAGGCAGUUCCCCAUGCCGGGACUUCCUGAUCGUUAAAGAGAAGAAGUUUUCAGGAUGACUUCAUUGCAUUUCUGUGAAUGUAAGCUUUCCCCUGGAGCUAUUUGUUUUAGCUGAGAUAAAAUGAAUUUAUUUUUUUUGUAUUUAUAAAUGCUCAUAGAUGAUUAGAAACUGCAUUCAAACACAUGAUGUUAAUGUUGAGUUUUGUUGUUUCUGCUGAUUUUGUUCAAGAAACCCCUUCAGUUUGAAACACCAAACAUGGCAAAUCCCUAAGCAUUUUAACCAACAUCCAAUUAUUAAUAUCUGACUUUAAAACCAAAGAAAAGUUGAAUUUAACAAACACAAAAAAAUAUAUAUAAAAAAAACAAUAAAAUUCAAAACAGAUCAAAUUAUUGUAGGAUCUGCCUCACCAGACAUGGUUGUUGAUGUAUUUCCAUCUGUCAUACAGAACCAUAUAUAUUAUUCCUAUGGUUGCACAAAGUGCCAUUGUAUUAUCUUAGAUGACCGCUUUCUAAGCAUUUGACUAACACUGAUCAUAUGAAAAUGUUCUUUCAUAAAUUCGUUCUGUUGUUUUUCUGUGAAACAGAACAGUCUGUUAGUUUGCACUGAGCUGCUAGUAAAUCAUCUACUACAAAAUGCUUUCUGUAAAGAAAAAAGCUUGAACUAUUGCCAUCAUAUAUAAAACAUA